UUAAUUAUUCGAAAAAGUUUCUCAGCACAUCGAAAUUCAUCAAAAUCUGUAAAUUAAAUCGCCCGGUAGUUCGAAAUCACUUCAACUACAAUUAUCCUUUAAAAAGAUUAUCAGUUCAUAGAGUUUCAGAAUGUGGAGCAAAAUUUUCUUAAAUGUGGUGAAAUAACGAAGUAUGACAAGUUAAGAAUGCUACAACUUUUGAAAUCCACGUUAUGCAAAAUUAUCUUUCAUCGUAAAUUUCACAUCAGUGCCAUGACGUUAGAGAAAGUACAGAUUUCAAAAUUUGAUAAGAAUAUUUAUCUGCCUUAUGAAAACCUUUCAAAAAAAUUGGAUAUAGUUUACAGUCAAUUGAAACGUCCUUUAACACUUUCUGAAAAAAUACUUUACUCUCAUUUGGAUAAACCAGAAGAUGGAAACCUUAAACGUGGUGUUUCCUAUCUUAAUCUCCGCCCUGAUCGUGUGGCUAUGCAAGAUGCGACAGCUCAAAUGGCUUUGCUGCAGUUCAUUUCAUCAGGGUUGAAAAAAGUUGCAGUACCAUCUACCGUGCACUGUGAUCACUUGAUUGAAGCACAAAUUGGAGCUAAAGAAGAUUUAAAACGCGCCAAUGAUUUGAAUGCAGAGGUAUAUAAAUUCUUAGCAAGUACUUGUGAAAAAUAUGGAUUGGGUUUCUGGAAGCCAGGUAGUGGCAUUAUACAUCAAAUUAUUUUAGAGAAUUAUGCCUUUCCAGGGCUGCUUAUGAUUGGCACUGAUUCACACACACCGAAUGGUGGUGGUCUGGGUGGCUUAUGUAUAGGUGUCGGUGGUGCUGAUGCAGUGGAUGUAAUGGCCAAUAUUCCUUGGGAACUUAAGUGCCCACUAGUGAUUGGCGUACUUUUAACUGGCAAAUUCAGCGGCUGGACAUCUCCAAAGGAUGUUAUAUUAAAAGUAGCUGACAUACUUACAGUGAAAGGUGGUACAGGUGCGAUUAUAGAAUAUCAUGGAAAAGGAAUUGAAUCUAUAUCUUGCACUGGGAUGGGUACCAUAUGUAAUAUGGGAGCAGAAAUUGGUGCCACCACAUCGUUGUUUCCCUUUAAUGAUCGUAUGAGUAAGUAUUUGAAAGCCACAGGCCGUGCUAAAAUUGCCGAAGAAGCAGAAAAAUACAAAAAUACAUUAUUUUCGGCUGAUAAAGAAGCUGAGUAUGAUCAAUUGAUUGAAAUCGAUUUGAGCAAACUGGAACCUCAUGUCAAUGGACCGUUCACACCAGACCUGGCGCACCCUAUAAGUAAGCUUGGUGAGAAUUCCAAAAAAAAUGGUUAUCCAAUGGAUAUUAAAGUUGGCCUAAUUGGAUCAUGUACCAAUUCAUCGUAUGAAGACAUGGGACGUUGUGCCAGCAUUGCUAAAGAUGCAAUGGCACAUGGCCUGAAAUCAAAAAUAAAAUUCAAUGUAACUCCUGGCUCAGAGCAGAUACGUGCCACAAUAGAACGAGAUGGUAUAUCUAAGGUACUAACUGAUUUUGGUGGGACGGUUUUGGCAAAUGCGUGUGGUCCUUGUAUUGGACAGUGGGAUCGCAAGGAUGUGAAAAAAGGUGAGAAAAACACUAUAGUUACCUCAUAUAAUCGCAAUUUUACUGGACGCAAUGAUGCCAAUCCUGCUACACAUGCAUUCGUGACAAGUCCAGAACUUGUAACAGCGUUAUCCAUCGCUGGCCGUCUAGAUUUCAAUCCCAUUAAAGACGAACUCACAGGUAAAGACGGCUCAAAAUUUAAGUUAAAAGCACCCCAUGGUGAAGAAUUGCCUGCAAAGGGGUUUGAUCCCGGCGUGGACACAUACAAAGAACCACCCGCUGAUGGGAGCGGUAUAAAUGUGGAUAUUGAUCCCAAAAGUCAACGUUUGCAAUUGCUUCAACCGUUUGAUAAAUGGGACGGUAAUGAUUUGAUUGAUAUGACCGUACUUAUCAAGGUCAAAGGCAAAUGUACUACUGAUCAUAUAUCAGCUGCUGGGCCUUGGCUUAAGUUUCGUGGCCACUUAGACAAUAUAUCAAAUAAUCUCUUUAUUGGAGCUAUUAAUAUAGAAAAUAAUGAAUUGAAUAAGAUCAAGAAUCAACGAACUGGCGAAUGGGGUGCUGUGCCGGAUGUAGCACGUGACUACAAGGCUAACAAAAUAAAAUGGGUGGCUAUCGGUGACGACAACUAUGGAGAAGGCUCCUCACGUGAACAUGCUGCACUUGAACCAAGACACUUAGGUGGUCGUGCUGUUAUUGUGAAGUCCUUCGCUCGCAUACAUGAAACGAAUUUAAAAAAACAGGGCAUGUUGCCAUUAACUUUCCAAAAUGCUUCUGACUAUGAUAAGGUGCAACCGACAAGUAAAAUAUCUUUACUUGGCUUAAAAGACAUGUCUCCAGGAAAACCUAUUGAGUGUGAAAUUAAGACCGAUGGUAAGUCAGAAAAAGUACAAUUAAAUCAUACGAUGAAUGAACCCCAAAUCAAAUGGUUUUUUGCGGGAAGUGCACUUAAUUUCAUGAAAGCGUCAUCGUCUAAAAAGUAGAAUCAAAAUUAAUAUCAUUUACUCUACACAAACUGUUUUGAUGAUAUCCUUGUGAUAAAUUUUGGAUAAAUAAAUGUAUUUCCUUUUUGUACAUAAGGAUGAGAAUUGUUCCAUCAUAUUAAUAUUACAACAGGCAUUAAGUGUCAGGCAGUAAUUAGGCUACUUAAGUCCAUUCAGCAACAUAAGUGUUCUUCUGAAAUAUCUACUGUGUUUUUGCUAAAGACAACUGACAAAGGAUAUUUCGCAGUACCAGAAGGUCAGCCCAAGAACUGACUUGAUUAAAAAUUAAAUUUUUGAAUAUGCCAAUUGAAACGUUUUACUAUUACACCUUUUUUUAUCGAAAUAGAGUUCUGGUCAUAACACAUAAAAAUUAUAAUUAUAAUUAAAAGUAGCAUUAUGAAGUUAAUAAAAAUUG